UCUCUCUCUCUCUCGUGUCUUCCUACAGUUGCCUGUUGCAAUGAGUGGUAUUACGGUCGGGGUGCUUGCCCUGCAAGGCGCUUUCUACGAACAUGUCCAGCUGCUGAAGAAAGCCGCCGCCGGCUUCUCCGCGAAACAGGCCGAUUCCGCCUCGCAAUGGGAGUUCAUCGAAGUCCGGACCCCGCAGGAGUUGGACAGAUGCGAUGCCCUCGUCCUGCCCGGGGGUGAGAGCACAACCAUCUCCCUCGUCGCAGCGAGAUCCAACCUCCUGGAGCCUUUGCGAGACUUUGUCAAAGUCCACCGGAAGCCGACUUGGGGCACCUGCGCCGGCCUGAUCCUGCUCGCCGAAUCCGCCAAUCGGACGAAGAAGGGUGGCCAGGAGCUGAUCGGGGGUCUCGACGUGCGUGUGAACAGGAAUCAUUUCGGCCGACAGACGGAGAGCUUCCAGGCGCCUCUCGACUUGCCGUUCCUGGGUGCGGACCAGGCCUCCUUCCCAGCCGUUUUCAUCCGGGCUCCGGUCGUGGAGAAGAUUCUCCCCCACCAAACCGGUGAACAGGUUGGCGAGGCCCAGAGGGACGAGACCGUCAUUGCGCCUUCGCGGCAGGCGGAAGACGAGGCGGCCCGCCAGGCAAUGGCGGACAACGUGGAGGUGCUGGCCACUCUUCCCGGGAGGGCUGCGCGAUUGGCCACCCAGGGGACGCACAUCGAUGCGGACGAGGAGACGGGCGAUAUCAUCGCCGUCCGCCAAGGCAACGUCUUCGGAACGAGCUUCCACCCGGAGCUGACCGAUGAUGCCCGGAUCCACGCCUGGUGGUUGCGCCAGGUGGAGGACUCCGUCAGGAGACGGCAACAGAAGCAUCUUGCAUGAUUUCCAGCGUGGUUGAUUGUAUAGAGUCUGUCGAGGCAUUGGGUAUCGGGUGUAAAUUUUUCUUUCUUGAGGGGCCCUGUUCUACCAAGGCGAUAGAAAUAGAUUGUACAUAAAACGCCGUUUUGCG